CCUACACCCACUGCCACCUCUACCUCUCCUUCCGCAACGUCUUUUCUGAGACACACCUCAACUAUGAUGCCCCGCAUACUUCGGCCCGGGUUUCAAGAGGCAUCAGCCCACUUCGCCAGGAUCCGCGAUCUCACGCCCGAGUAUGCCGACUUGUUCGGCGAUGACCCAAAGCCGGCCUUUGCGGUUCUCGCAGUCGGUUUCACCCUUGCUCUUGCAGGAUGGUCUCAGCUCCCGCGGCCAAAGGGAUUGCGCCUGAUCGUGGGCUACCAGCUCAUCGUCACUGCGCUUCUCACUUUCAUGGAUCUGCGCUACCUCUUUGCAACACCAAUAAGGAUGGCGCCCCCCGCAGCAGGCAUCGUUGGUCUUGCGACGCUCGUAGUCUUCGGUCCCUCAAAGUUCAACAGCCCCUCAGGGGUCGUAUCUAAUAGCGCAGCGUCCUGCUGGCCGCUAUUUCUCACAUUGAGUGGUUUCGACCAGCUCCAGGAAUUCCUGAUGCGUAAUGAUGAAGUCGGUCUGGUGGUAACACUGAUCUUCAGUAUGUUCGCAGUCGGACUCCUCAUCAUCGCCAACGCGAUGUGGUUGAUACUGGGCGACAAAGGAUGGGGAGACACGGUCCUUUCCAUGAAAGCGGCCGCAAGCAUUGUCAUCCUGCAGACCACCUUGCUUGUAGUCUUUCAGCUAGCCUAAUAAUAACCCGGAGAAAUGCAUAUCACUUGCUUGACGAAGAU